GUCGUAAUCACCUGCAUCUGCCGGUGCUUAACCAGAAACAAAGGACUAUCCAUUCUACCUUCUCUUUAGCCCACUAUUUUCGGGGAAGCACACGUUGCUCUAUAGUGCUUAUGACUCUUCAACCUAGAUUCGUGGGACAGAAGUUGCUGGCUGCGACUUCCCAGCAGCCGCAGCAUACGCUUGAACUCUACAUUGACUAUGUCUGCCCUUUCUCUGCGAAGCUGUUUAACACGUUUUACACAUCAGUGAAGCCAGUUAUUAUACAAAAAUACCAACAAAAACUUCAGGUCAUCUUUCGUCAGCAUAUCCAGCCUUGGCACCCAUCAUCGACUCUGACGCAUGAAGCUGGCGCAGCUGUUCUGAAGAUAGCUCCAGACAAAUUCUGGGAAUUCAGCGCUGCAUUGUUCAGUCACCAAAAAGAAUUCUUUGAUGUUAGUGUUGUCAAUGAGACGCGUAAUGAUACAUAUCAGAGACUCGCGAAGAUCGCUGCAACUGUUGGUGUGGACGAGCAUGAGAUGAUCGAUUUAUUGAGAAUCAGCGAGGCCAUUGGUGAUGGACAGUUAAAUUCCGGUAACAAGGUGACCAAUGAUAUCAAGUUGAUGGUCAAGUCGAAUCGUAUUAUUGGCGUUCAUGUCUCCCCGACUGUAUAUUUCAAUGGCGUUGAAGAACCAAAUAUCAGCAGCAGCUUCACGGCCACACAGUGGGAGCAAUGGUUGGCCAUGAAUGUGGCUUAAGACAUUGUGCUAGAAGGAAUUUGUAUGAUAACAUGGAAUGGAGAAUCAAGUCCAGAUGAUAAUAAUGAGGCAGUCUGUGGUAGGGAAGGAGAACAUCUCAUUUCGAAACUCGAAGCUUCUUUGAAAAAGCAUCUGGAUGCAUAAUUCAAACGGAUUUUUUGAUUGCAAGACUCUUGAUCUGUGGCUGUUGCUGUUUUUUCUUUAUCGUAUUAAUACGCGCAAGAGUAACAUGGGCAACUCUAACCUCUGAUAAUAU